AUGGACGGAGCUCCUAGAGGUCGUGGCGCGAGAGGGCGCGGUGCUAGAGGUCGUGGCGGCAGAGCUGGUGGUAGAGCUGGAGGCCGAGCAGGCCGAGGUCGUGGUCGUGGACUUCCGGAGGAGUCGGGAGAGAGUGUGGCACCGAGUGUGCAUACUGCGUCGGUGACCCAGUCAGUUCCGUUGGCGGGUGAUGCCAGUGUUGGUUUGGGAGCGGGGGCUGCUCCGGGUUUAGAUGACUUAGUGGUGGGGUUGCUGACGCAGCUAUUGGCUCGUUUUCCGCCGGUGGUUCCACAGGGGGCUCCAGGAGUACCGCCAGUGGCAGAGGUGCAGCAUGUUGCUGCAGACGUUGCGCAGCCGGAGGCUGUGGGUGCGGGUGUGACCAGUUAUUUGGAGUUUAUGGGCCACAUGCAGAGGAUUGGUACGCCUUUCUUCGAGGGCAGAGUUGGUCCGAGGAGGCAGACGCGUGGCGCCGCGGUGGGCCGGAGGGCAUUUUGGACUUGGGGCGACUUCCUUGUGGAGUUCAACGCCAAGUAUUUCCCGAGGCAGGCUCGUGAUCGUCUUCAGAUGCGGUUUAUGGGCAUUGAGCAGGGUUCGCGUUCUGUACGCGAGUAUGAUGCGGAGUUCAGCCGUCUUUGGUCCGGUGGCUGUGCCGUCAGCAGUUGCUUCUGCUACCCAGCCUCGGGGUCAGCAUCAGCAGCCGCGACAGAGCAGCAGCAGCAGCGCAGAGGUGGUUCGAGUUUCAGUUCUGGUUCUGGCAGGGGCGGUUUGCCUGCGCAGGGUCAGAAGAGGAGUAGAGAGGAGUUUUCUGGUGCUAGUCAGUUUCCUCGUGGUUCGUGUUUUGGGUGUGGGAGCACGGAGCAUCGUGUUUCGAGUUGUCCCAAGAGGGAGUCAGCACCGAGGGUGUGCUACUACUGCAAGGAGCCUGGGCAUAUCAAGCCCAUGUGUCCUAAGUUGCGGAGUAUGUCGGUGGCUUCGAUUCAGCCAGUAGCGGCUCAGCCAGUGAGUCAGAUCGCAGCAGUGCAGCCGUUGGGUCAGAUUGCACCGGCGCCGCGGGGUUACUCUUCAGUGGAGACUGGCGGGACUAGUCAGACCGGGCAGAUCACAGGGACCUUGUUAGUGGGCGGUUUUGAGUCCCACGUUUUAUUCGACUCUGGAGCAUCGAAUUGCUUCAUUACACCGGAGCGUGCCGAGAAGAGUGGCAUCCGGAGUAGCGCGGGCGAGAGCGCGGGCAUGGUCAAGGUGGCGGGAGGUGGAUUCUUGUCUACUUUGGGCCGUGCUAGAGGAGUCGAGAUCGAGAUUGCGGGGCAGUCAAUGCCAGCAGACUUAGUCAUCAGUCCGGUGGAGCUGUAUGACGUUAUUCUCGGGAUGGACUGGUUGUCACACUACAGAGUUCAUCUGGAUUGCUACAGAGGUAGAGUGGUCUUCGAGCGAGAUGCAGGGAGGUUGGUUUAUCAGGGAGUGAGACCGACUUCCGGGAGUAUUGUGAUAUCUGCUAUUCAGGCCGAGCAGUUGUUAGAGCGGGGCUGUGAGGCGUAUCUGGCGACGAUUUCUAUGUCUGAGUCAGGAGCUGGAGUUGUUAUGGGAGAUAUUGAGGUUGUCCAGGAUUUUGAGGAUGUCUUUCAGUCACUGAAGGGAUUACCACCAUCUCGGUCUGAUCCUUUCACGAUUGAGUUAGAGCCGGGGACAGCACCGAUAUCGAAGACGCCUUACAGGAUGGCGCCAGCUGAGUUGGCAGAGCUGAAGAAGCAGAUAGAGGACCUUUUGUCUAAGGGGUUCAUUCGACCGAGUGUUUCACCGUGGGGAGCACCGGUGUUGUUUGUGAAGAAGAAGGAUGGAGUUUCAGACUUUGUAUCGAUUACAGAGAUUGACUUGGCAUCGGGGUAUCAUCAGAUCCCGAUAGAUGAGGCAGAUGUCAGGAAGACUGCUUUCAGGACGCGUUAUGGGCAUUUUGAGUUUGUGGUUAUGCCUUUCGGUUUGACUAACGCGCCGGCAGCCUUCAUGAGAUUGAUGAACGACGUGUUCAGGGAGUAUUUGGACGUGUUUGUCAUCAUUUUCAUUGAUGAUAUUCUGGUAUACUCGAGGAGUCAGGAGGAGCAUGCGACUCACUUGAGGUUGGUUCUGGAGAAGCUUCGGGAGCAGAAGCUUUUUGCUAAGUUGAGCAAGUGCAGUUUCUGGCAGCGAGAGAUGGGAUUUCUUGGCCACAUUGUUUCUGCAGAGGGAGUUUCUGUGGAUCCGGCUAAGAUUGAGGCUAUCAGAGAUUGGCCUAGACCUAGUAGUGCCACCGAGAUCAGGAGUUUUCUGGGUUUGGCAGGAUACUACAGGAGGUUCGUCAAGGGGUUUGCUACCAUGGCGCAGCCGAUGACGAAGUUGACCGGGAAGGAUGUCCCGUUUGUUUGGUCAGCUGAGUGUGAGGAGAGCUUUAGUCAGCUCAAGGAGAUGUUGACUACUACACCAGUGUUGGCGUUACCCGAGCCAGGGAAGCCUUACAUGGUGUAUACAGAUGCUUCAGGCAUUGGUCUUGGUUGUGUGCUGAUGCAGGAGGGCAGAGUGAUAGCAUAUGCUUCGAGACAGUGGCAGGGCAGUGAGCGUAACCGUCCUACACAUGACUUAGAGUUGGGAGCAGUGAUCUUCGCGUUGAAGAUUUGGAGGUCUUACUUGCUAGGUGAGACAGUACAGGUCUUCACGGAUCACAAGAGUUUGCAGCAUAUCUUCACUCAGCCGAUGAUGAACGCGAGACAGACGCGCUGGGUUGAGUUCUUGGCGGACUAUCAGGUGAGCAUUAACUACCAUCCGGGCAAGGCUAACCUAGUGGCGGACGCGUUGAGUAGACGGAGGUAUGAUUCCGCAGUUGAGCGAGAUGUGGAGUCUCUAGUUGGCGAGAUCAGUACCUUGCGUUUGUGUGCCAUUUCGCAGGAGCCUUUGGGUUUAGAGGCAGUGGAUCAGGCGGAUCUACUUAGCAGGAUCAGAGUUGCUCAGCAGAGUGAUCAGAGUUUGCUGAUGCGACUAGAGUGA